AGGAUUCUUGGUCUUCCUGUUUUUAACAGGCAGAGCUGGAACAAGCCUUCUUCCACAAUCAGCCCCCAUCUCUGCGGAGAACUGUAGAAUUCGUGGCAGAGAGAAUCGGAUCCAACUGUGUCAAGCACAUCAAGGCAACUCUGGUAGCAGAGCUGGUGAAAAGAGCCAGAGUCAUGUUACAGGACAAAGUGAAGGCGGAAGUUGGCAAUUACGACAAACUGCUGGAUGAAGUGUGCUCUCAGCUGUAUGAAGAAGGGGCACAGGCUCUUAUUCAAGGCAAAGAAUUUUGCAGGAAGAAGGCCCCUGAGGCUGUGAAAAUCUUGUUGCCAGAAGAGACAUCUGCAGCUGUUUUGAGCUGUGCAGCAAAUAUUGCGGUGGGACUAGCUACCGAGAAGGCCUGCACUUGGCUCACCACCAACAUCACAGCCUUGAUUAAGAGAGAAGUGAAGGCCACGUUCAGCCGCAUGCUGAAAACGCAGGCGCUUUCUCUGCCUAGUACUAGCGAAGCUGUGCAGAAGAAGAAGGGGUGCUCCCCAGACUGUCAGCAUCAGGCUGCAUUCCCCUCGCAGAUCAUAAACGAAAUCAAGGAUGUGCUGUGCCUUGCUGUCGGCCCAAGGAAUGAGGAUGAAGCCAAUCAGUUUGUCGAUUUGGAAAAUUUGUUGGGAAGUUCAUAUGCCCAGCGUCAGAGCAGCAAACUGGCCAAGUGCACAGUAGAGCUGGCUCCCUUCUAG